AUGUCAGCAGCUCCAUCGUCUUUUGAGCAAGCACGAAAUCGUGUUGAGGUUACUCUGAGGAGCCUCUAUGCAAGUACAAAUGUCGAAGAGGAACGCGAAACGAUAAUGACAUUGGUAAAUUUGGUGCGGCAAGGUAAUGCAAAUAUUAUACUGGAUAAUUUGAAAGAGCAUCUCAAACGUGGACCUCCAUCCGAGCAAGAACGUAGUAUGACAAUCUUGGAUCAAUUAAUGUUGAAUUGUGGUCCUCAGUUUGCCGUUUUGUUGUCGUCAGAGAAAUGGACGGAACGUUUUUUUAAGGUCGCCAAACUUUCUACAAAUGAUACGGUUGUACGCAAAAUUAUGGCAACAAUUAUUUUAUGGUAUAAGCGAUACCGUACCAGUAGAUUUGAGCGUUGCCUUCAACGUUUUGCCCAAAGUAAGGCAUUGGGAGAUACUUUCAAUCAAGUCCAACAACAGGUGGAACUGGAGUUGCGUGCUUCUACACGUAACCGAAGAAGAAGUGGAGAUGCUGCACCACAGACGGCUGAUACACGUGAAGACAAUCAUCAGGCACUUAAUCAAAUGGAAACUUUUCUUCUUGAGGCUCAAGGAGAUCUUGCCUCACUUGAAUACGCCCUUGAGCAUCCUCAUAUCCUUCAUGAUGAUGAUAUCGCAAAGGAGUGUAAGCGACAUAAGUUUCAAUGCAUGCGGUUACUUGAGUCUGGUGAACAUGAGGAUAUUGCCCCUGAGCUCAUGCAGUUAAUUGAGCGCUUCUCGGAGGCGCUGGAGCUUUACGAGGCCAUGACGGGACUCGACAUGGGCGAAGGCGAGGCGGCGCGGCUGCGGGCGGUCUCCGGCGAUGGCACCAAUCCCGCCGAGGACAGUGACGAUGAGGAGCAUAAUAGACGGCUGCGUGAGCGAGUGGCCCCAAGACAGAAUGUGGAACAGGUCAUGUUGCAGGCACAGGAGGCUACACAACAAUUGGUGGAGAAGGAACGUUUGGAAAUGAUACAAUUACGGGCAGAUCAUGAGCAACUUCGACAGAAAUAUGAGGAAUUGCAAAACAAGUACAAGGAUGCAAAAUCAAAAAAUAAAGAUGCAGUACGUACCUUGGAGAGUUAUGUACUUCGUUUUGAAGAAUUACAAAGUCAAAUGGGAGCUGGUGGGGACCCCGCACUGGCAGGUGCAGGAGCCAGUGGUGCUGCUGCUGCAGCUGCUCAAUUAUCUAAACUGAAUUUCAAAGACCCAAUGAUGAAUUCAGCAAUUUCACCAGAAGAAGCGAUGACUAUGAGGGAUAAUGUUCAAGCUAUCCGUCGUUCUCUUCGUGAAAUUCGUGAGCAAUAUGUGAGUGAUAUAAAAAGAGAAAGUGCAUACUAUUCUUCACAGCUUACGUCUGCUAUUGCUUCUAUUGUUGCUGCAGCACAACAGGAACGUCAAGCUGAACACAAGGCUUUAUUGUGGACGCAGGAAUUAUAUAAGAAAGAGUUAAAACUUCGAAAACAAUAUUACAAUACCAUUCAAGAGUUAAAGGGUAAUAUUCGUGUUUACUGCCGUGUUCGUCCAAUGUUGCAGACUGAAUUAAAAGAUGGACAUAAGAAUGUUAUGCAAUUCCCAUCAACUGAUGAACUUAAAUUAGUCGAUCAAAAUGGUCGUCCAAAGUUAUAUGAAUUUGAUGAGGUAUAUCCACCUGAAGCUCCACAAUCUAAGGUAUUUGAGGAUACAUCCCCUCUUAUUGACAGUGUUGUGGAUGGUUAUAAUGUUUGUAUCUUUGCAUAUGGACAGACAGGAAGUGGUAAAACAUACACCAUGGGAGGAGGAGAUGGAGAAACAAAAGGUAUCAAUACACGGGCACUGGAACGACUGUUUGAAGUUAUAGAAGAACGUAAAGAGACAGAAACUUCUACAGUUACCAUUUCAGUACUUGAGAUUUAUUGUGAAAAUAUUCGUGAUUUACUGCACAAUGAUUCUAAACUCUCAUAUGAAGUAAAACAAGGAGGACCAUGUGGUACGUAUGUAACAAAUCUUUCUGAAGUACCAGUGAAAUCACCGGGAGAUAUUUACAAAAUUAUGGAACGUGCAAACCGAAAUCGAAGUGAAGGACAAACUAACAUGAAUGAACACUCUUCUCGUUCUCAUAUGAUUCUGUAUAUUAUCGUUCGUACAACAAAUAAACAGACAGGAAUGCAGAGCUAUGGAAAAUUAUCUUUGGUUGAUUUGGCAGGAAGUGAAAGACUUGAAAAGAGUGGAGCGGAAGGUCAACAACUGAAAGAGGCUGUGUCUAUUAAUAAAUCUCUAUCUGCUUUGGGAGAUGUUAUUUCUGGUCUUUCGCAGAAUGGAAAGCAUAUUCCUUUCCGAAAUUCCAUUUUAACAUUUCUUCUUCAAGAUUCCAUGGCUGGUCAAGCAAAGGUUUUAAUGUUUGCUUGUGUUAGCCCUGCAAGCUACAAUGUAAGUGAAUCGAAUAGCUCCUUACAGUUCGCUUCUCGUGCUCGUGGUGUUGCGUUUGGUCAGAUCAAGAAAAAUCCUGCAGUAGCAGCAGCUUGA